AUGAAAGGCCUGGUGAGCGCUGGGGCGGAUUCGAAACUCCGAUCGAUUGUGCACGGAGUGGAACAUCUUGCCAAGAAGCGGCUUGUGAUAAUUCUGCACGGUUGGCGUCGGGUCCUGCAACGAAAUGCAAGGAAUCAACUGUCGUCCCAUCCACGGUGGUCCGUGGCAGGAAGGGAGUCGGAGUCGUUUGUGCGUCGGCUAAGCGCUGUUGAUGUGAAGCACGUACAGGCCACGCCCUUCCCAACUGCUCCCGACGAGCACUACAUCCACACGUACGGAGAAGGCGUUCCAUCCAUUCUUCCCCCUCAUCUGCCUCCUAUCAGAACUCGAUUUUCAGCUGUCCCUGAUCCGAAAAUGUUGCUCCCGGAUGGAAAAUAUUCCACGAAAAACGGCGUCUACGUCGAUGAUGCUAGUAUUUGUAGCUUUUUCUCAUGGACGACGUCGACGGCUAGCGACGAAUUAAAUUCGUCGGAAACCGAUUUUGGGGCACAAAUAAGUAGCGGUGUUCUAGAUCCGGAAUAUGCUGGAUAUGGAUUCGAUAAUUACUGCCCAACACCUGUAAAUUAG